CUGCCAGCUUGUUGGGCACCCCAUGGCUGUAUGCUGCCCACCUGGUGUUCCCCAACACCCCCAGCCCUGCCCAGUGCACCCCUCCGGUGCCUGCUUCCCCUAAUGCCUGCGAUUUAGACCAGCCCAGCUGUAUCCACGGCAACAGAAGCAGAAGUGUCACUGGCCGCCAGAUCACUGAGGGUCCCACAAUGUGGCCUGGGCUGUGAUUUAUCCUGGGCAAGACAGCUUGAGCCCCCUUCCUGGAUGCCAAGACAGAGCUGCUGAGAGAGUCCAGGUGCAGCCCAGCAGGACAACUGAUGGAGUCCCCCAGGGCCCAUCAAGUACCGGACUGGCUGACCCCCUAGGGUUGGGAGUAGCCCUUGCCCCUCAGUAUGGCCAACACCACCGGAGAGCCUGAGGAGGUGAGCGGCGCACUGUCCCCGCCGUCAGCAUCGGCUUAUGUGAAGCUGGUGCUGCUGGGACUGAUCAUGUGCGUGAGCCUGGCGGGCAACGCCAUCUUGUCCCUGCUGGUGCUCAAGGAGCGUGCCCUGCACAAGGCUCCUUACUACUUUCUGCUGGACCUGUGCCUAGCUGAUGGCAUACGCUCUGCCGUCUGCUUCCCUUUUGUGCUGGCUUCUGUGCGCCACGGCUCCUCAUGGACCUUCAGUGCACUGAGCUGUAAGAUUGUGGCCUUUAUGGCCGUGCUCUUUUGCUUCCAUGCGGCCUUCAUGCUGUUCUGCAUCAGCGUUACCCGCUACAUGGCCAUUGCCCACCACCGCUUCUACGCCAAGCGCAUGACACUCUGGACAUGCGCAGCUGUCAUCUGCAUGGCCUGGACCCUGUCUGUGGCCAUGGCCUUCCCACCUGUCUUCGAUGUGGGCACCUACAAGUUUAUCCGGGAGGAGGACCAAUGCAUCUUUGAGCAUCGCUACUUCAAGGCCAAUGACACGCUGGGCUUCAUGCUUAUGUUGGCCGUGCUCAUGGCAGCCACACAUGCUGUCUAUGGCAAGCUGCUCCUCUUCGAGUACCGUCACCGCAAGAUGAAGCCAGUGCAGAUGGUGCCAGCCAUUAGCCAGAACUGGACAUUCCAUGGCCCUGGGGCCACAGGCCAGGCUGCUGCCAACUGGAUCGCUGGCUUUGGCCGUGGGCCCAUGCCACCAACUCUGCUGGGUAUCCGGCAGAAUGGGCAUGCGGCCAGCCGGCGGCUGCUGGGCAUGGACGAGGUCAAGGGUGAAAAGCAGCUGGGUCGCAUGUUCUACGCGAUCACACUGCUCUUCCUGCUCCUCUGGUCACCCUACAUCGUGGCCUGCUACUGGCGAGUGUUUGUGAAAGCCUGUGCUGUGCCCCACCGCUACCUGGCCACCGCUGUUUGGAUGAGCUUCGCCCAGGCUGCUGUCAACCCAAUCGUCUGCUUCCUGCUCAACAAGGACCUCAAGAAGUGCCUGAGGACUCAUGCCCCCUGCUGGGGCACAGGAGGUGCCCCGGCUCCCAGAGAACCCUACUGUGUCAUGUGAAGCAGGCGGGUUGGCAGACAGGCAGGGAAAGGGUCAUGGCCACCAUGGUGAGGCCAACAGCAAGGGAGGGGUGGGGCCCCAUACAGGAGCCUUCUUUUCUGAGCUCCAGCCCCAGCCCCUCGAACCACCCAUAAUCCAGGCACCUUUGCCAAUACCACCCUAGGGUGGGGGACUGGGAAAGAGGCAUCCUAGUUUUGUGGGGCCUGUGUCUGCAGCCUCCUUCUCUACUUCUACAGUCUCUCUCUCUCUCUCUCUCUCUCUCUCUCUCUCUCUCUCUCUCUCUCACAAUUCAGAA